GCUCUUGAGUCUUGCUAUUGUGUAAAUAUUUGGAUAUAUUCUAACUCUUCGUUACCCUGUCCAUGUGUUGUUAUCCUCAAAGGGGUCACUCUCUGUAACUUGCCUUGAAAUGCGAUUAACACAGACUAACAAUAAGAAUUUGUUAUUUACUACUUAAUUAUUUCAAAAUUUGAAUAGUCUUUAUUUAGUAAAUUUCUAUUUUUAAAUAUCUUUUAUUUCCAUGUUCGUAGUCCGUAAAUAAACAUAAACAUGUCCUUAACGUACAUACCUCGUGUGACACAGCUGGAUUCCAUACAACUAGAUAAGGAGUUAGAGGAUUUAUUAAAACAAUUAGUUUGUCAGGCUACAAAGUACUUUGAGCCUGGGGUACUGCAACCAAUUCUACCAGAGCUUGACCUGCUUAUAAGGACAUGGAUUUUUAAAAACUCAUUAUGUGACAAAUCUUGUACAUUUGGCCAGCAAAUGUUGUCAUUGAAAUAUAAGACCCAUAAUUUUUCUAAUAAAAAAUUAUAUUGGUACUUCUUUUACACUAUAGGCUUGAGGUACAUAAGAGAAAGGGCAAUGUACAGUUUCACUUCAAAUUCAAAUAUACAAAACUGCUUUAAUAAAAUGGAGACCUUCCAGUUAGUAUGGGAGAUUAUUAACUUCCUCCGUUUUAUACAAAGUGGUAAACAUCCAGCGCUAAUAGAUUUCAUACUGGGUCUUGAAUUGACAGCAGAUAAGCUAACGCGAGAAGAUCUUACAGAUUUUUCUUGGACUCGAGAAUUACUGUGGCAUAAUCUAAUAGAGUUAAUAGGUACUGUUUUAUCACUAGUGAACAUGUUUGGUUUAAGGCAAAGAAUGUCUAGGAUUUUAAAAUACAUGUGGUGGAGGAAUCACACGGGUCCAUUAUCUAAAUGUAGUCCUGCCACAAUGACAAUACACAGUACAUGUGCAUGUUGUUCAGAAAAGCCAAUUUUGCCGCAUACUAUGGGAUGUUCACACAUAUUUUGUUAUUAUUGCUUGAUGGCCAAUAAGACUGCAGAUCGGGAUUUCGUAUGUCCGAAGUGCUACUAUAAUGGAAAACAUGUUACAAAAUUUGUCAUGACAUAAUUUAUAUUUUAUAUGUAUAGUUAUUUGUGCACAUAUAAUUUAAGGGGUUACUUGUGAUAAUAAGAUAUUAAAUUAAACAAAUGUUCUAAU